AUGCAGCAGAUUGGAGGAGAAGCUCUAGGAGCCUCAGAAUCAGUAUGCUCAUUGGCACCACCACUAACAGCAUACCUGACACUCUAUUUCAGGAAUCUAGCACUCCUGUCACUGAGUCUGACCCCUGAGCAGGAUCAGCUGAGAGAGUCAUUCAUGCAGAUGACAUCCAUCAAAGGGGGAGAUAGAAUACUAGCAGACCAAGAAAUGAUCAGGGGAGAUGAAGAGCAUAUCAACCCUAUGGGCUAUACCAAAACUUCUGCCAAUAUUGCAAAGCAAUGGCAGCAGCAGCAGUGGUAUGAGAGGCAGUUGAGCAGCAGCAAUGGCAGCCCAAGCAGCAGCCUACUCCUCAAUCUGGAUCCAGUGACACCAGACCAAGCAUCCAGCCUCAGCAUAGUCAUCCUGGAGAUUUAUGACCCACACAACAGUUUCCUCCUUGAGGAGGACAAGAGUGAGACUAUCAAUGAGGGCAUGGAUGAUGAAGGGGAAGAGGGUCUCAAUAAGGAAGUUGAGAAUUCUCUAACUGAGUGGGAAAGUACAUGGAACAUAUAUAUUCAUGAGGAAGAGUCAAAGAGACUGGCAUGGGAGGCAUGCCAGAAGGACUUUCUGAAGCUGUAUCAGGAUGGUACAGCUAGAUUAUAG